CCGCCUCUUCACACCCACAGCUUAUGCUUAAAAGAGUUGACCCAGUCUCUGAUUGUGAGAGCCAGCAGCCAGAAGCUGAGAGAAGCACACUCCUUAGUUCCAGGGGACGUAGUGCUAGAGCCUCCAGCGAUGGCCUGGAGCCUAAAGGUGAAGAUGCUGGGGGGUAAUGAGUUCCUGGUGUCUGUGAAUAACUCUAUGAUGGUGUCAGAACUGAAGAAGCAGAUUGCUCAGAAGAUUGAUGUGCCAGCUUUCCAGCAGCACCUGGCCCACCAAAGUGAAGUGCUACAGGAUGGUGUUACCCUUUCCAGCCUGGGUCUGGGUCCUGGCAGCACAGUCAUGCUAAUGGUGCAGAACUGCCAAGAUCCUCUGAGCAUCCUGGUGAGAAAUGAAAAGGGCCACAGCAAUAUCUAUGAGGUCUGUCUGACACAGACAGUAGAAGUGCUUAAGAAGAAGGUGUCCCAGCAGGAGCAAGUCCAUGAAGACCGAUUCUACCUGAGCUUCCAGGGAAGGGUAAUGGAGGACAAAGAGCUACUGGGGGAGUAUGGCCUAAAGCCCCAGUGCACAGUGAUCAUGAAUUUGCGCCUGAGGGGGGGAGGGGACUAUUAUACCUAAGGCCCCUAUCCAGAGCCAAUGUUGGCUAUAAAAAAUGAUGCAAUAAAAAGUUCUGCCUCCUG